CUCCAUAUCGCAGUCUAUCCAGGGGCGACUCUGCGGAGAGCGCGAGGCGGCGCGGCGGACACAGUGCGCGUUACCACUUCCCGCGUUUGCUUGUGCGCGUGAGCGGUUGCGCGCGCCUGUGUAUGUACGUUUACAGGACUGGCUUCAGCUCCUGCUCCGUCUGCGCUCUUACCGGUCGGCCGUGCAGGAUGUGCGGCGGCCCGUCCGCGCUGUGACCCGGAGUUGUACCACCGGCAAACACCGCUCCGGGAUGUCUUCCCCAGGCUCCACUGACAGCGGCAAGAGGGACUCCUCGGAGCCUGACCCCGAGCAGGACCAGAAGAGGCUGGAAGCAGAGCGCCCCCCACAGGUCAAGCUGAAGGAGAGGCAGAAAUUUUUCGAGGAGGCCUUCCAGCAGGACAUGGAGCAGUACCUCUCUGCGGGGUACCUACAGAUUGCUGACAGGAGAGAACCUCUAGGGAGCAUGUCUUCGAUGGAGGUGAACGUGGACAUGCUGGAGCAGAUGGACUUGAUGGAUAUGUCUGACCAGGAGGCCUUGGACGUCUUCCUGAACUCUGGAGGAGAGGACAACAGCGUGGCUUCACCCAUGCUGGGUCCGGAUCUGGAAUCCUUCCCGGCGGAGAUCACGCUGCAGGUUCCCACACAGGACGAGCUGCGGCACAAGCUGUCCUCCACCUGCACAGGCACGCCGGGCCAGGAGGGCGGGGCACGGAGCGAGGGUGGUACACAAGCCACCUAGAGGCCAACGGAGGAUGGGACUGCUUCUGCAGCCAGCGUGAGUGACGCUCACCACACCAACGGGAAAUCACUUUUCAGAUUGAUUGUUUUCUCUAAUUUUUCUUUUGUAAAAAGCAAACUGUCUUGUAUCUUAACGCUCAUUCCUGUGCAGUAAAAAUUACCCACCCAGCUUCUACAUCAUGUACUACAAUAAAAUGCCUUCUUCUAAGUC